AAAAUGCCAACAUGGCGGACAGAGGGCAAGGUUGGCCAACUCAGCAGAACGACUCUGCAAUCAUAGAUCUUGGGGAUGUGAAUGACCCAGAUGAUGGAUCUGAUUAUGAAACAGAUGUAUCCAAAGGUCCAACAGAAAGCAAAAGAGAAAGAUCUUUUGAAGAGGAUGCCAGAAAGAGAUUGACUGACAAUGUUACUCAGAUGGUAUGGAAUGCAGGGACUCAGCAAGCCAAGCGUGCAUGGAGCCUGUAUGGUAACAUAGAUAUAUUGCGACCUUACUUUAACGUGGAACCUCAUGAAGUCCGCACAAGACUUUUAUAUUCAUUCAUACCCAGAAUGCCUUCAUCAGAAAAACAGAGAGCCUACAGAGAACUAUAUGGGCCACUGAUGGUUGUCUUCACACUUAUAGCUUUACUCCUGUUUCAGAUGAAAGCUGCAGAACAUAAAGUAGAAGAGGGCACAUUGAUGGGCACGGCCUUUGGUGUGUGCUUUACUUACUGGUGGGGAACCUCAGCUCUCAUGUGGUUCCUCUCUUAUGUCUGUAAUGCACAUAUCACCAGCAUCCAACUGUUGUCACUUCUGGGAUAUGGUCUGACUGGUCAUUGUGUGGUCAUUCUACUUGGGACUCUGAUUCAUACAUCACAUGAUCAUCUCUUCUUUUAUUUGUUAUGGGCAGUGUUUGGAGGACUGUCCACAUUAAAAAUGGUAGCAGUGAUUGCAUCACGGACUCAUGGGAAAUCUCAGCAGAUAAUUCUCUCAUGUACAUUAGCGGCCAUUCAUCUAUUAUUUCUGCUUUAUCUACAUUUUGCCUAUCAUCAGAUUGUUGAAGACUUGUCUCGAGUUCUUGACUCUGAUCCCAUUAUCAGAAAACCUAUAGUGAACAGUGUCAAAAAGGUGACAGAAAAUAUGCUACCCAAGGACAUAUCAAACACACACCUUUCUAAUGAAGGGGUGAAACUGGUCAACAAAACAUUGGUGAACAUUCCUAAAUUGGUAUCCAAAGUGGCUGGUAACAAAACUCACUGACACACAAGAGGGCAGAAUCAUAAGAUCUAAAUCUGGAGAAGACAAUCCUGCCAUUUUACAAUGUUAGAUUCUUCGAGAUGUUUUAUGGAGCUUUCUGUGAAAGGAAGAGACCAUGUGAUCCGACCCUUUCUGAUGUUAUUUAUAUACUGUUUUAUUUUGAUAAACUGUGAAUCUUGAUCAUGAUAAGCUAAACAGACACAAUAAUGUGUUUACACAGCUGCCUGUGUAUAAACAAAAGAUGAUGUGUCCAGAUAGCUUGUCUGAUGUUUAUACUAUUUUAUUCAACGACCUGUGAUCAAUGAUGUACAGACACAUCAAUCUUUCAGUGUAUAUAUCAGUGCUGUAUAUAUUAUGUCUUGACUAUUAAAUUAUUGAAUUUAUAAA